CGACCUCGAGGGAAACAUUAUUUCCCUCCAGUACACAUUAUUUCCCACCAGGCGACCAGCCUGCUGCCUGAGUAAAAGCGAGAGUGAACAGCAGGGAAGUUCUUGGAAGACAGUGAACACUGCAAGGCACCCAGCAGGACAAGAACAACUUAUAUGGCAGUCGGAGUAGAUCCAGUGUUGCCCACGCAAUCGUGUCUUUUCGUUUUAGAAGAAUGACGUUCCUUCUAGAAUAACUGUUCCAGUGUAAACUAACCUAAUCGCGAAACUGUCAAAAUGACUCGAAAAUUGGUGAAGUUCCUGAUACUUUUCGAUAACACCAACCUUCUCUACUUUCCUGGACAGUUCCUGAGUGGGAGAGUUUUGGUAGAGCUCAAGGAUGAUACUCCUGCUUUAGGUCUGCAUUUCCACGUUGUAGGCGAGGGAGUUGUGAGACUGCGUAGUCAAAGACAAGAACGAGUCUACGAUAGAGAAAAUUACAUUGAUUUCCGAUUGAGGCUAUUAGGUGAACCAGGC